AAAACAAUUUCAACAAAGCUUGGAGGGACCAAGGUAUAUAGUUAGAUUGGAGGAAAAAUAAAAAUUUAAGAGUCAGUCAGUCCCCCAAAACUGCAGAGAGAGGAAAACAUCUUUAGUCCAACUAGAGAGAGAGAGAGAGAAAGAAGAGGCACAACCACAAGAUAACAAAACAUUGCUAAUAAGCAACAACCCUAUUUUUCUUUUCUUUUCUCAUUUCAAAGCCAAAGCCAAAAGCCUUGUUUUUCACUCUUCCAUCCAAAUUCCAACUCUCAAAGUUGCAAAGCAAAAACCCAUCAUAAAGCAAGCUCUCUCUCUCUGUUUCUUUCAGAGGCAGAGUGGUUGUGGAGGUGGUGGUGAGAGGUGACAAAAAACCCACCAAUGGAAUUCACCUCAAGGCCUCAAGAAAUUAGAGAGAAGCAACCAUAUUCAUAUUCUCCCAUAAACUCCCCCAGAAGCAAUGGCACCAACACAAACACAAAGACAAACACAAACAGCAGUGUCUGCAGCAGCAACACCAACAACAACAACAGCAACAACAACAAUAGCUCAGGGGUUCAAAUCCCCACAACCCCAAAGCUCACAACUCCCAGAUCUGACCCCAAUCCCUACCCAACAACCUUUGUCCAAGCAGACACCACAAACUUCAAACAUGUUGUCCAAAUGCUCACAGGCUCCUCUGAAACUGUAAGCCACCAAUCUUCCCCCAAACCAACCACAACCCAUCAUCACCAUCAUCCUCACAGCCAUCAAGAUCCAACCGUUUUACCCUCCUCCAACAAAAGCUUCAACAUCCCACCAAUCAAAACAGCCCCUCCCAAAAAGCAAGGCUUCAAGCUUUAUGAGAGGAGGAGCACCAAUCUCAAAAACACCCUCAUGAUCAACACCUUGAUGCCCAAUUUUCCCCAUCAAGCAUCUGGGUUCUCGCCACGUCAUCAGGAGAUCCUGUCCCCGAGCUUGCUGGACUUCCCUUCCCUCACUCUCAGCCCAGUGACCCCGUUAAACGACGACCCGUUUGACAAGUCCUCUUCGUCGCCUUCUUUGGGGAAUUCUUCAUCGGAGGAAGACAGAGCAAUUGCAGAGAAGGGGUUUUACUUGCACCCAUCUCCGAGAACGACGACAACUCCCAGAGACCCUGAGCCCAGGCUUUUGCCUUUGUUUCCAGUCACUUCGCCUAGAGUUUCUGGGUCUUCUUCUUGAUCAUGAGGAAGAGAGAGAGAGAGAUGUGUAGUAUUAUUACUGUGAGUGAUUUUGAUUACAAGGAUCAUCAGAAGAUUAAUGGGUUUUGGAUGAUUUUCAAUGACAGGUACAGAUCUUUGUUUUAAUUGUACAAUUUGAUAUCUCUUCCAUAAAAUGGUAAAAGGCAGCAGCUUUGUUUAACCUCCUCCUCCUUCUCA